ACUAUGGAAAUAUCAUUGUUUUCAACAGCACCUGCUUGGAGCACAAUCACAGUUGUCACUUCAAUGCAUCAGAAAGCAUCAGAAUUAGAUCUACUAACAGUGCAAGCCCUUCAAUUGGAAGAAAAAUAUCGCCAACUCCUUCAGCUGAUACAACAACUCUCACAAAAUGCCAACGUAGAAGUAGUUAAAAACCAGCUAACAGAUAUAUUGCAAGGAAAGUGCUUAAAUCAGUCGCAUGGAAUUAGCUCCUACAUGGAAAUAAUUGAUAAAAUUACAAGCAUGAAUGAAGUAUUUAAGUUCCUCAUUAAAAAUCGUUUCAUUGGUUACCUAAAUUAUUACCUUCUCAAAGAAUUUUCAAGUGAGGUUAUAUGUGGAGAUGGGUAUGAAAAGGCACAAGCUGAGGUAGUAGAGUAUGAGAAGCACUAUUGUAAGUUCAUUGAAGAGCCUGCCUUUUGCCAACUGAUUGAGGUCUUUGAUGAGAACCCUCAUCUAAAUCCAAGUACUGUAGUAGGACUACCGAUUGUCGUUAUUACUCUUUCAAAAAUGUGGAAAAGUUGAAGUAAAAAAGAUCUAAAUGAAUGGGUGCCUUUUCUAAAAGAUAACGAGCACCUAUUUCAAAGCAUUGGCUACAAAUGCAUACUAAUUACUUAUGCUAUUUUUCCUGUUCACCUGCUCAAAGUUAUGAGAUUCCUAAGUAAUGAAGAGCACAUGAAAAGACUUAAAGAAAACGGAAUAACAAUUGAAACUCCUUCAUAUACAAUGGAAAUAGCAGAGAGACUGAGACAAGAUGAAAUUCAGUGUCAAGAUAUUUUAGACCUAGAUCUUUUGCUUGAAGAAAUAGAUCUAAUCAAAUUACGCUUGAGAGAGUCUGAAAGAGUUCUUGAGCUCGAGCCAGAAAGACAAUUACCAACAAAUUUCUCGUCAAAGUUUUUUUAAAAGCUUCAUCAAAUAAGCCUCUUCAAAGGGCUGUCUCAAGUGGCUGUGAUAGUGGUUACUGUUCACAAAGUAAUUCCGCUGUAAAGGCUGUAAACCUUUAAAAGGGUGCAAGUAGAUCUACAACCAUGCAUGCACUGAGUGUAACUUUAGUGUAAUAAUUAAAAGAUAAAUCUUAACAAUAAGUUGAACAUGGUUAUCAUUACUUUUGUUGUUGUUAAAUAUUAUUAUUAUUAUUAUUAUUACUACUAUUAUUAUUAU